UAUACUAGGUUUCCAUCUUUUUUUUUUUGUUUCUUAUUCUUCUUCUUUCUUUUGUUAAGCCACGACUUGAUACUCUUAUUCUCUGUUUUUGAAAGGUACCAAUAAGGGGAGACGUCAUGGCAGAUUACUUUGAGGAAGAGAGUUCUUAUGAAUCAAGCCAAGGCUCCGAUCUUGAUGAAGCCCACCAAGCUUGGUCCGAUGAAGAGGAUGGCUGUGAUGGGUCAUGUUCUGAUGAUAACUACUCUAUGUCAGAGUAUGGAGAUGACCCUGCUGAAGCAUAUCCUGAACCAGAGCCACCUGAUUACUCACAUGGAGAUACCAGCUACCAAGGAGAGUAUGAGGGAGAAACUGAAUCAAAUAUCAGUUUCAAUAAAGGAGAUGAAUGCCAUGGAGAAGAGACAGAAGGUGAUGAUCCUGAAGCUGACCAGGAAGGCUCAUGGCAAGAGGAAGCUGAUUCUGAAAUCAGUUUAGAAGAGGCAAAUGAGCAUGAGGAAAAUUUCCCUAAAACGGAAGAAGUCUAUGAAGAUGUUGAUGGAGGAGAAGCAAGUUUCCAAUCUGUUAAAGAAGAAGUUGGAGACGAAUCUCAUGCUGAAGGCAUACCCUGGUGUGAAGUACCUUACUCUGACCAGGAGGAUGAGUACCAAGACGAAACUGGCUCACAAACCAGUGUAGGAAACUCUGAGAAAAACUAUGGAGGAAAGCCAGACUCACAACAAGACGUUGCUGAAGAAGAAGAGGCCUUAAGUGAGGCUGGAAGAAAUGAUGAUCAACCUGGUUACGUCAUCUUUGCAGGCCAUCAUCAAGGACCAGAACCAUACUUGUGCUGGGAGAACGAUAUGGAACAUUGGUUUGAUUCUAAUCAAGUCCAUGAAGAGGAUAAGACAACCAUUGCCGAAGAUGCUCUCACUGAAGAUGCCUUUAGAAAGUGGGAACAAGAUGCUUAUUGGCGACUUGCCUACGAUGAACCAGAAGCUACUUGGCAAGAAAUGAAAGAACUCUUGUAUGAAGAAUAUGUGAAAGGAGCUGGAGAUGAGCUGUUGAAUCAGAUACGGGUCUAUACUAAUCUUGAACCAAGGCGGCUGAUAUUGGCAAAAAGGCCAAAUCGAAAGGCUAAGCUCAAAAAUGCUCACGACCUAAAGCUACACCAGGAGUCUACACUCAUCAUCAAGGGAGCAACCGAGCAUACAACAGCAGCAAGGGUAAGUGGCGUGCAAGGAGUUCCAACUCCACAAGCCAAAACUCGAGAGAUAAGUACAAAGCCAUUGCCUAAGUUCCAUGAGAAGAAGAAACCAAGUAAGUCUUCUAAAUCUUCAAAACCAGUAGAAUUCAUUUGCUAUAGGUGUCAUGAGAAAGGCCACUUUGCUGUAACCUGUCCAACUAGGCUAGUAGUGACUUCUAAUUCACUAGAAGUUAACUUGGAUUCAACUAGUGAAGUUAUAUCUCACUUAGUAUGUAAAUUUCCUACUUCUGGUAUAAUGCACUUGUCUUGCCCAAAGGCUGAUUAUGCAGGUCUAAAUAAGGACCAGGAGGACGUGGUUUCAAGGUUAAAACAAGAAGAAAUCAUCCCUGAACCAGACCCACAAGAAGGACUUAAACCAGCCACUAGAAAUCCAUUGAAACUAGUAGAUUUUUCGGUCCAAGCACAUGAGGAGUCCCAAAAGGUGUGACACAGGUACAUCAUUUAGCAAAGGACCUAUGAAGCAAAAGAAGGUGAUUUUAAAGAGAGAUGACAAGGCACCACCAAAGGAGCCAUCUUUGCUUAAACA